GUCGGCCUCGUUUUCUCAGCCAUCUCGAGGAGCGCCCUGCUAUCCAGGCUCGCCUCCCCACCGGACCCGUCCAACGAGCCGCCAUGGGUGUCCCAAGCCGUAUCUCUGUCCUGCUGUGCAUCGUCCUGGCAGCGCUCGUCGCUCUUGCCUCUGCCAAAGUCCAUGUCUCGGAAGUGGCGAUUCGUGUCGCCAGCGCCAGCGGCCCAAAACUCACACAAACCCUCAAAUACCCGAAGCAGCUCGAUGACAUUGUCGCCGUCGAGGUCGACGAGCAGCUCUCGAUCUCUGCCCUGACCAAGGACGACAACGGCAAGGGCCUCGACUCUCGGGCCACCUUUGUCACCUUUGUCCACGCCGGCAGCCAGCUGCCUACGACCUUGGUUCUGGAAAGCCCCAGCGGCGCUGCUGGGCUCCGCAAAAUCGACCUGACCCUGGGCAGCAAGGCCAUCCAGGAGACCUUCAAGGGCCAGCCCGGCGUCUAUGCCGUCGCCAUCAGUGUCGGCCGCUUUGACCAAGCUGGCGUGGUCUAUCCCAUCGGCAACGUCAACCUCAGCUUCCCCGCCGACCCCGAGUUCUUUGUCAAGCACAGCUACGGCGAGCACUACGGCCCUCUCCCCGAAAUCCACCACGUCUUCCGACCUGACGAGAAGCAGCCCCUUCCUCUCAUUUCCCAGGUCUUUGCCCUGCUUUCGAUCGCUCCUUGGGUGCUUCUGCUCGGCGCAUGGAGCUUCCUGGGUGCCAACGUACGAGAGCUCUUUGCCUCGGUCGGCCACUCGGUCUUUGGCGUGGCCUUUAUCGGCACCUUUGUCUCGUGGUUUACGCUGUUCUACUUUUACUGGGUGCGCCUGAACCUGUUCCAGUUCCUUGGCUACGGCAGUGUGCUCGCCGUGGCCACACUCAUCAUCGGACGACAGGCGCUCGUUCUUCGCCACAACAGACGCAUUGCUGGCAACAAAUAAAGCGGGUGUCUGUCGAUCGCCACAGAAGUCGAUUCCUG